AUGUUAGGAUUAAGAAGUGCAACAAAAUUAUCAACUUCUGGUCAACAAAUUUUUGUUAGAAAUAUUAUUUCAGUCAAAAGAAGAAGUAACAAGAAUUCUGGCCUUGAAUUUGGUAAAAAAAUCAAUUACAAAGAUUUAAAAAAAGUUGAACCAAUCCAACCAAAAACCUACGAAAAUACUGAAAAAGAAUUAUCAAAUAAAGAAAAACUCAACAAUUUACAAUCAUACGAACCAAAAACUGAAAACUUCUAUUAUGUACAAGAUUUCUCAAAAUUAGGUAUUUUAUAUAAACCAUCAAAAGAUAUUGAAGAUUGGGCUUUCUUUGAAAAAACAGAUGAAUAUGGUAAUGAAUAUUAUUCAGGUGAUGGUUUAAAAUUAUCAAAUAAAUUUAAAAUUGAAUUAGGUAAAAGUUCAAAUGGACAUAGUGUUCCAUUUCCACGUAUUUCAGGUAAUUCAGCCCCAUUAGUUUCAGUACCAUCACCAUAUGGUCAAAAUUACAAAAGAGCAAUGUUAAACAAUAGAGAAAAACUCAAUGUUUUAGAUUUAUCAACAUUAACUUCAAUCGAACACUUUAUCAAAACACAAGUUGCCAAUGAUAUUGUUGGUAGUUACAGUAUUCACACUACUACACCAGGUGCUAUUCAAAGCUCAGGUAUCGAUUUCGUCAAUUUAUAUGAAUCAAACCAAAAUAGAAAAUAUAUUUCCGACUACUUUAAAAAGAUUUCAAAGGUAUUCUAUUUAAUGUCUGUUGCACCAAAACCACAACUUUCAAUUAUCGAUGGUUUAACUGUUGGCGCUGGUUUAGGUUUCACAGCAAACUCUGGUUUCCGUGUUGGUUCUGAAAAUUCAAUCGUUACAAUCUCUGAUUGUGCCCUUGGUUUCUUCCCAAAUGCUGGUAAUGUUAGAUUAUUAAAUCGUCUUCCAGAUGGUAUUGGUCUUUAUUUAGCUUUAACUGGUCGUCGUAUUAGAGGUACUGAGCUUCACGAAGCUGGUAUCACUGACUUUUUCGUUUUAACUGAAGAUAUUCAAGGUUUUGAUAGAAAUCUUUCCCACUGCUUCCCAAAGAACCACAACAGAUUAUUCGAAAGUAUUGUUCUUUCAACAACUGAACCAAGAUCCUAUUUAAAUGGUAAGAAAACUCACUUAACCACUCAUCAAGAUGCAAUUAAACGUUGUUUCGAUAAUAAAACAACCAUCGAAGAAGUUUUACAAGCUCUCGAAAACGAAACUGAAUUUGCUGAAUGGGCCGAACGUUGUAUUAGAAAUAUUAGAAGAUCUUCACCAAUUAGUAUUAAAUUAACCAUGAGAUUAUUUAAUGAAACCCCAACUGAUGGUAAAGGUAAAGAUUAUUACGAAAGAGAUUAUAAUAUUUCAAUGGCAUUAACUAGAGAUCACUCAGAUCUUUGGGAAGGUAUUCAAUCACUUUUAAUUCAAAAUAGAGAACCAAUGUGGAGUUAUAAGAGAGUUGAAGAUGUUCCAGACUCACUUAUCGAUGAAAUUAUAAAUUAUAAACCAGAAGAAAAAGAAUUACAAAUGAAAUUAGUAGAUCUCAAAUCAACAUUUACUUUAUUCGAAAAUAUUCUCCUCGAAUACACCAACGCCAACCAAAUCCUAUUAACCGAAGAAGAACAUCAAAACUUCAGAAACUUUGAAACCCCAUCAUUCCCAGACAAAUUCGAAGAAAUUCUUGAAAUCUAUGAUAAAGGUGCUAGAUCAGAAGCUUUCUAUGAAAAUAAAGUUUUAUAUGAAUUUUUACAAGAAGUUGAAGAAGGAGAUUUCUAA